GUGCAAGCGGGCGACUCCGUCUCCCGCUCCCGGGUUGUUUUGGGGGAGAAAAGGGACUGUUGGCGCGGCCGCCUCCGGGGGAGUCGCCUUCCCCUCCUGGCCCGCGGCGGCUCCUCCUUUUCCACUCCUCCUCCAAAAGGGGAGGGGGAAGGAAUGGGAGGCUCCGGAGCCGGGACUGGCAAAAAGAAGGGGAUUGUUGGAGAGUGCAGUCAUCCAAAAAACCUUCUUCCAUAUGGAGGCUGUGGCUGCCUCGAGCCUGCUGCCCCUCUCUCCUCUCCCUGCCGUUUCUUCUUCCUCUUCCGCUGAACUUUGUGGCAAAGCUGCAAGCUUUUCCUAGGAAAAAGAAAAAAAAGCAAGCAAGCCGCAGCUACCAAGUCCGACAGCCUCUCUUUCUGUGCCAUCCGGAUCCUUCCCCCCAGCCUCAUUUCGGUCCACCUAAUAUAUCAGAUCAACCAGCCUGGUUGGACAUGUUUUUGAUCCAUUGUUAUAAAUAUUUGUGACCAAGGAAAGGGGUAUCUUCAUAUCUGAGGUGCCAUGGCACAGGGGACCGAUACCUCUUCCCCAGGGCCUAAUGCUGAAGAUCCACUGUCUCUUGAUGAUACACUAUUUCUAUAAAUUGGUUCAUGGAAGGGAGCCAAAGAAGACAAAUUCCUGACUUUACAUCCUCUGGGGCAGCUUAUGGGAACCCACUUGAUUUAUUUUGUCCCGGACUUCUCUGCAUGGGAUGACAAUGAUACCAGGAAAAAAACAGUUGAUUGCUACUGCUUGUUUCCUCUUUGCAUUUGCUAGCUGCGUUGUAAAACUAGGUGAAUCUCUUCAGGUCUCUGUCCAACCUGCUUCUGUUGUCCAAAAGUAUGGUGGCUUGGUCAGCCUGGGAUGUGUGGUUGAACCUCUGAGAGUAAGUGUUUCCUGGAGACUGAAUGGAAAAGAACUGCUGGCAUCAGAUGAAGUUCUGGGGAUCCACAUUGAUCAGAGACUCCUCACCAUCACUGCCUUGAACAACCACACAGUGGGCCGAUACCAGUGCAUAGCCCACAUGCCUGAAGGUGUUGUUGUCAGCGUUCCAGCCGUGGUGACGUUAGCGAAUCUCAAAGACUUCAAAUACGAUGGCCAGCAUGUGAUAGAAGUUGAUGAGGGUAAUACAGCUGUGAUUGCAUGUGAUCUUCCUGAAAGCCAUCCCAAGGCACAGGUUCGCUACAGUGUGAAACAAGAAUGGCUAGAGGUCUCCAGAGAUAACUACCUGAUCAUGCCAUCUGGGAAUCUUCAAAUUGUCAAUGCCAGUCAGGAGGAUGAGGGAACUUACAAAUGUGCAGCUUAUAACCCUGUCACCGAGGAAGUGAAAACAUCUGAAUCUAGUGAGAGAUUGCGAGUGAGACGCUCAACAGCUGAGGCAGCUCGCAUAAUUUAUCCCCCAGAGACCCAGACUAUCAUUGUCACCAAAGGUCAAACCCUCAUCUUGGAAUGUGUGGCUAGUGGCAUUCCUCCUCCACGUGUCACUUGGGCUAAGGAUGGCUCCAGUGUCUCUGGCUACAACAAGACUCGAUUCCUUCUCAGCAAUCUUCUGAUCGAUUUGAUCAGUGAGGAAGACUCAGGGACCUACAGCUGUAUGGCUGAUAAUGGAGUGGGUGAGGGCAGAGCUGCAUUCAUUCUCUACAAUGUUCAAGUGUUUGAACCACCAGAGGUUAGCAUGGAACUGUCACAGCAAAUCAUCACAUGGGGUCAGAGUGCAAAAUUCACCUGCAAGGUACGAGGGAACCCCCAGCCAUCAGUUGUGUGGCUUCGUAAUGCAGUUCCUCUCUUCUCCAGUCAUCGAAUGCAGCUAUCUCGCAGAGUCCUCCGUGUCGCCAGUGUGGGGCCUGAGGAUGAAGGGAUAUAUCAGUGCAUGGCAGAGAAUGAAGUUGGAAGUGCACAAGCAAUGGUGCAGCUGAGAAUUGCUCCCCCUGCACCAACACUGAAGCCACAGUGGAAUACUGGUGGAGACUUAACUCAGCCUGCCGUGUUGCCUAACAGAUUUAGCAGCAGUGAAAAAGUUCUGAAAGAUAAAGCUAUCCUGAGGCCCAGGCCUACCACACCAGCCGUUUCUGUCCAGUGUACUACCAAAGGUCUUGUGUCUCCAGCUGAGGCCCCUGUCAUUCUAAGCUCUCCUCGGACAACUAAAACAGAUUCUUAUGAUCUUUUGUGGAAACCACGACAUGAUGGCAAAACCCCGGUCCUCUACUAUCUUGUUAAACAUCGCAAGGUCAUGAAUUCAUCAGACAACUGGACAGUUAGAAAUGUCCCUGCCAGUCAACACCGUCUUACUCUAAUAAAACUUGAUCCAGGAAGCUUAUAUGAGGUAGAGAUGGCUGCUUACAACUGUGCUGGAGAAGGCCAGACAGCCAUGGUGACCUUCAGAACUGGACGGCGUCCAAAACCAGAUAUUAUUGCCAGUAAAGAGCAGCAGAUUCAGAAAGACGACCCAGGCACAAGCACUCGAAGCAGCAACCCAUCAGACAACACUCGCCUGUCCCGUAAGGCCAUGCCAGAUUUUAGGCAGAAGGGAACUUCGGGUGCAGCUCCAGAAGCUCCUGAUCGCCCCACCAUUUCGAUGGCGUCUGAAACAUCUGUCUAUGUUACCUGGAUUCCCCGAGGGAAUGGAGGUUUCCCCAUUCAGUCAUUCCGAGUGGAAUACAGGAAACUGAAAAAACUCGGGGACUGGGUGCUGGCAACAAGCAACAUCCCUCCUUCUCGUCUCUCUGUGGAAAUUACAGGACUGGAGAAAGGCACGUCCUACAAAUUCCGGGUACGAGCAUUGAACAUACUUGGCGAGAGCGAACCCAGCGCUGCAUCUAAACCAUAUGUGGUGUCAGGUUACAGCAACCGCGCAUACGAGCGCCCCGUUGCAGGCCCCUAUAUCACCUUCACCGAUGCCAUCAACGAAACCACCAUUAUGCUGAAAUGGGUGUAUACCCCAUCCAGCAAUAACAAUACCCCAAUCCAUGGUUUUUACAUCUACUAUCGACCAACAGACAGUGAUAAUGAUAGUGAUUACAAGAAGGACGUGGUCGAAGGUGACCGGUAUUGGCAUUACAUCAGCCAUCUACAGCCAGAGACUUCAUAUGACAUAAAAAUGCAGUGUUUCAAUGAGGGUGGAGAGAGCGAAUUCAGCAACGUGAUGAUCUGUGAGACCAAAGCUCGUAAAUCUUUUGGACUACCUGGUCGCCUUCCACCAUCUACAAUAUCCCCUCAACAGCAUCCACCAUCCAACAGUGGUCAUAAUAUCCUAGGAGCGGGGGCUAUGGUAGCUCGCUCCAGUGAUUUGCCCUACUUGAUCGUUGGAGUGGUGUUGGGCUCCAUUGUGCUCAUUAUUGUGGCUUUCAUCCCAUGUUGCCUUUGGAGGGCUUGGUCCAAGCAGAAGCAAACCAUAGAUCUGGGCUUCCCUGGAGCAGGGCUGCUGGUAUCAUCUUGCCAGUACACCAUGGUUCCACUGCAAGGGGUCGCCACUCCUCGAGCUAAUGGGUUGCGUUAUGCCAAUGGUGUGCAUCUUCCAGUACACCAGGGUGCUAAUAGCCAUUUUACUCCAGCUACAAUAGGGUAUCCAACUGCGAAACUACAAGAUUAUAGCCCAGAUGAAGUUUAUCAGCAGAAUGAGACCAAUUCAUAUCUCCAAGGGAGAGUGCUCCAAAAUGGAAAUAUUCCAGUUGAGCAUCAAAGAUUCCCUAGUCCUGGGCAAGAACACAGUUCUUUCCUCUACGAGCUUCCCGAUAGUUCUACACAUCAGCUCCUUGAGCCACAUGACAGCUGCCAUCACCCCCACCACCAGCCUCAUGAAGAGCUCCUUGGCCCAUGUCACUCAGUACCACAAAGCCAGGUGGGCAGCCCUGCGAUGGAAGACAUGAAAGAUCCUGUGUUUCAUACAGAUUCCACCUGCUGCCUUGGUCUAGUACCAGUUGAAGACAUUGAGAGGUCAAAUUUUAGCCUGGAUAGAAGACAAGUUUGCCCUCUAAAUGCAGUGGACACGUGUGCAGAACAGAGCUCAGAAAACCACCUGAACAGCCUGCCGCAGCAUGUUCCCUUGGAGACUCUGAAUAGCACCACUUAGGAAAACUGCUGUACAAAGACUAUUAUUCUUGACAGAGGAAAAUAGCUAUUUAUUUUUGUAUUACAUCUCUAUUUAUAUAUUUAUGCACUUGUAAAUAGGUGUGUAUGAUGUGCCUUCUAUAAUUUGAAUGGAGAGAAAUGGCAUCAUGCACAAGGAGGAACAAAACAGCCAGGAGCAACAUGUGCCUCUGUCAGAUUUCUGGCGGGAAAAGACAGCUUUCUGCUCUACUUCAGAGAAGGCGCCAGAGCUGUCUCGCAGCAACAGAAGAAGCACAAGGCCGAUGGCCACGUUCUCCAGCUGCAAAACGUCUCUAAAACAAUGAGACCUCACAAAAGGGUCAGAAUUGCACUACAGAAUGCCAAAUGAAAGAUUUAAAGUAGAUACAGUACUUAUCUGCAUUAACAAGCAAUAUACACAGCACAGAUUCUGUGCCUGUGUGCCUGUAAUAAAACAAAUGUCAUGCUUCAUCUACUAAAUAAAGACUGCUUCUUCCCUUA